UUGAUUCUACAUUAAAGUUACAUUUACAUUUCUCAUUUAAGUGACGCUUUUAUCCAAAGCGACCUACAAAGAGUGCAUUGAGUCCAGAGGGACCAGAACCAGAGCCACAAGAACCAAGGAAGUGCAAAGUCUUCAAGAAAGACAAAGUGCAAGACAAAGUUUACUCCGCAGCGCAGAGUCCUCGCGAGCCGUCAGAAGAUGAUCCUGCAGCGCGUGGCAGUGGUUGGUGCGGGGGCGGCGGGUCUCUGUGCCGCCCGGCACAUCCUGUCCCGCCUCGACCGCUUCGCCCCCCCGGUGCUGUUCGAACUCGGAGGCAAAGUCGGGGGCACCUGGUGCUACGACGAGAGGGUCGGGACCGACGGGGCGGGACGUCCCAUCCACAGCAGCAUGUACCGGGACCUCAGGACCAACCUCCCCAAGGAGGUGAUGAUGUUCCCUGAUUUCCCCUUUGACCCCCAGCUGGACAGCUUCCUGCCCCACCAGGAGGUCCAGAGGUACCUGGAGAGGUACUGCCAGAGCCACCACAUCGGGCCUCACAUCCGGUUCAACACGAUGGUGGAGAAAGUGAGACCCGUCGUCACGGCGACGGAGCGCAGCAAAGAGGAGGACCGGACACUGUGGGAAGUGACAUCAUCGGAUGCUUCAGGUUGUUGUAAAACAGAAGCCUUCGACUCGAUCUUCGUCUGCUCGGGGCACUACUCUGAUCCUCACAUCCCUGACAUCCCGGGAAUAGAACGCUUCAAAGGAACCGUGCUCCACAGCCACUCGUACAAAUUUGCGGAGCCGUUCGCGGGUCAGUCGGUGGUGGUUCUGGGAGCCAAAGCUUCGGGACUGGACAUCUCAAUCGAACUGGCCGGGGUCGGAGCUCAGGUGACUCUGAGUCAUGGCCAGCCUCCGCUCACCUGUCCUCUACCUGCCGGGGUUCAACAGUCGUGUCCCGUGGUGGCGGUGGAGGAGGACGGUCGCCUCCUUUUCCAGGACGGCUCCGUGUCUGGUGCCGACAUCCUGAUGUUCUGCACCGGCUACAACUUCCGCUUCCCGUACCUGGACGGGCCUCAGCUGGGCCUGCGGAUUGAGGACCACCUGCUGUCACCCUUGUACCGCUUCAUGAUGCCUCCGGCCUUCCCCUCGCUCUUCUUCAUCGGCAUGUGCAAGCUCAUCUGCCCCUUCCCCAACUUCCACUGCCAGGUGCAGUUCGCGCUGGCUGUGCUGGAGGGCGUCGUCUCUUUGCCGCCUCGGGCCGUGCGGGAGGACGAGGCCUGGCUGGCGCUGCGUGAGAAGGCGGAGCAAGGGGUCCAACGGCGCCACCUGCUGGUGCUGCAGAACGAGCAGUGGGAUUACUGUCAGUCGCUGGCUCGCGCCGCCGGCUUCACGCCGCUGCCGCCCGCCGUGCGCGGUCUGUACGAGGAGGUGUGGCGCCAGAGGCGCUUUAACUCGGUGGACUACCGGGGACGCAACUACAAGCUGAUCGGGGAGGACCGGUGGGAGCAGAUCAAUUGAUCGGGGAAUAGACACCUUUUAAAUAUCAACUUUAUAGAAAUAAAUAAACAAAGUCUAGAAUGAAGUGUUGAUUGUCUUUGGAUCCCGUCCUGCGUGACGACGUUAUCACAGAGCUGAAUAACUCAACGUACUAAAACCAUGUUAGUGAAUGCAAAGAUAACAACGUGUUAGCUAGCCAGCUAACUUAGCUUAACUCAUUAUCAGUGAAAAGGAUGAACGAGCGAGAGUUCAGUGAGUUCAUUAUUUUUAUUUCACACUUUAAAAAGUCUCUUUGUUGUAAAACCAUUAACAUAUAAGACUAAAAAUAAGUAAUACAAAUCUGUACUACUAUAUUUAGAAACACAAGUCAACGGAGUUCUUUUAUCUCGUGCACGUCUCACUAAACUGAAGAUACAGAGCAUUCAGAUAAAUGUAAAAAAAAUCAUUUAAAGCUUGAUGCUAGCUAUUUUUUAAUAUUUGAAUCUUAUCCGGAUUCACAUUUCUUGUUCCUCUUUUCAAGUCCAAUCAUGGUAGAAGCCAUUUAAAGUUGAUUUAUCUUUGCUGAUUCAUUAAACAGUUUAUCUGCU